CGAUAUGUAAUCCCAUCUCUUUACUUGACAACUGUUGACAUUUCCAUGUAAAUUGUAAUUCCUGUCAUUUGUCAUUGCUAGCCAGUCCGGAAAAGAAAAAUGGCGUCUAUCCUAAAAUUGUCUAAGUCCGCAGCAAAAUUAACAAAAAAUAGCAAUUUAACUAAGGCAUUAAGGCAAGCUUCUGGCGUCGCCGCUGCGGAAUCUAGACAAGUGUCUUUAAAUGUACCACCAACUAAAGUUACCACCCUCAGCAAUGGGAUAAGGGUUGCAACAGAGGACUGGGGCUCUCAAACGGCCACAGUUGGUAUUUGGAUUGAUGCUGGCAGCAGAUAUGAAAAUGCCAAAAAUAAUGGAGUUGCCCAUUUCAUGGAACAUAUGGCUUUUAAGGGAACAAACAAAAGGACUCAAAGCCAACUUGAACUUGAAAUUGAAGACCUUGGGGCACAGCUUAAUGCUUACACUAGCAGAGAGCAAACUGUUUACUAUUCCAAAUGCUUAUCCAAGGAUGUACCAAAGGCCAUUGAAAUCUUGGCUGACAUUGUCCAAAAUGCCAAACUGGGUGAGGCAGAAAUUGAAAGAGAAAGGGGAGUUAUCUUAAGAGAAAUGCAAGAAGUUGAAUCCAAUUUACAAGAGGUCGUAUUUGACCAUUUACAUGCUAUUGCUUACCAAGGAACGCCUUUGGCCAACACAAUUCUUGGACCUACUGCCAAUAUUCGUUCAAUUAACAACCUUGACUUGAGAAACUAUUUGGACAAUCACUACAAGGCAAGCAGGAUUGUUGUUGCCGGAGCUGGCGGUGUAGCACAUGAGGAUCUGGUUAAAUUAGCUGAGUGCAACUUGGGAGGACUAAACAAUACCUACACAGGGGAAGUCCCAAAACUCACUCCAUGCCGUUUCACCGGCUCAGAAAUUCGUGUCCGUGAUGACACUUUACCUUUGGCUCAUGUAGCUCUUGCUGUUGAAGGUGCCGGAUGGGCUGAUCCAGACACUUUGACUUUAAUGGUUGCCUCUACGCUUUUAGGGGCUUGGGACAGGUCCCAGGCUUCUGCAAAACAGAAUGCUACCAACUUGGCAAGAGUAAGUGCCGAAGAAGAUUUGUGUCACUCAUACCAAAGCUUCAAUACUUGCUAUAAGGACACUGGACUGUGGGGUAUCUACUUUGUCUCUGACCCCCUGAAAAUCGAUGAUAUGGUCUUUAAUAUUCAGGAAGAAUUUAUGAGACUUUGUAUCAGCGUUACCGAGGGGGAAGUUGAAAGGGCCAAGUCUCUCUUGACUGCCAACACACUUUUGCAAUUAGACACAUCUACUGCUGUGUGUGAAGACAUUGGUCGUCAACUAUUGUGCUAUGGAAGGAGGUUGCCUCCUCAUGAACUUACACACAGAAUAAACAGCAUUACUGCCAGAAAUGUCAGGGAUGUUAUGUACAAAUAUUUGUACGACAGGUGUCCAGCUGUAGCAGCUGUGGGUCCAGUGGAAAACUUACCGGACUACAACAGGAUCCGCUCUGCUAUGUACUGGAUUAGGGUCUAAAUAUUCUUAAAUAAAUUAAUAAUUCUUUACUAUAACAAUUCAUUAUUUAUUGUUUUUGUGAUCCAAGGAAUUUUACGCCGUUUUUGUUUAGUGUUUCCAAAUUUAGAGCACUAUUAGUGGCAGUACUGCAAACAUAAAAAAUUUCGAAGUGUUUCAAAUUUUAUGUAAAUAUCUUAAAGUUGAUUUUUAAAUUAAAAUACACAUUUAUUUGUA